AAAAGCCCCGUGUAUGAGCUGCUGGUUCUGCUGGUUCCUCCUCCUCCCUCCUCUCGCGCUCUAUCCUGGCGCUCCGCUCCAUACUCUCUAUUUCACCUGCGCUCCGCGGCUGACAACACCACUACUCGGGGUUCCCUUUCGGACUUUCCACGCCGCCUUCACCGCUACAGUGACAUAUCUCCGGGCUCUAGGCUAUUUGAUCUCCUCACUCCGACUUCAAAUCACCGUCUGUCGCCAGAGGUUUUCCCUGGACCUUGAGUCUACUUUCCAAGGAUGGAGUCGGCUGCUUUCCUGUUGCUGUUUUCCGUGUGCGCUGGGACGCUUCUUCAAGUGUGGGCCUCGGAUGGCGUGACAGCCUUGUAUGGAGAGACCAUCGUUGUUCCGUGCAAUGGAGGAUCACCGCCUCUGAAUGAGCUAAUGUUCAUCAAGUGGAAAUAUGAGAAAGCUGACGGCUCGCCCGGUGAUCUGCUGGUCAAACAGAACCAGAAGGAGGCCACAGUCCAGGCCACAGACGGAUACGCCUCUAGAGUCAGCAUUGACGACAAGUACAACCUCCUCAUCACUGGGGCAACGCUCAUGGACCAGCACGUCUUCACCUGCAUGGUCGUGUCUGCCACCAACCUCAAUGAGUUUCCUGUCUCUGUCUCCGUGCACAAGAAGCCGGCCCAGGUGCAGGUCAUGGACAAGGCUGACGUGCUGCAAAAAGACAAGCCAACAAUGGUGGGAACAUGUGUUGUAGCAGAUGCUAACCCUCCAGCUAGCAUCACAUGGAAGAAGAACGGGCAGGCCCUGGUAGCCGACGAUAAAGCCAUCGUGAUCACCACCAGCACAAAGGUGGAGCCCUCUACUGGCCUGUCUACCACCUCGUCCAUCCUGCAGUAUGUGGCCUCUAAGGGGGACGCAGAGGCUGUCUUCACCUGUGUGUCCCAACAUGAGCUGGGCGACGACUCUGCCAUCGUGGGACCUUUCUCUGUGCACUAUCCAUCGGAGAAAGUUAGCCUCCAGGUCCUGAGCAAGGGUCCCAUCGUCGAGGGCGAUAACGUGACUUUGAAGUGCCACGCUGAUGGCAACCCCCCGCCCAAAGCUUUCUACUUCCACAUCAAGGGCCAGAAAACGCUGGUGGAGAAUUCUGAUACGUACACUGUGACUGGCAUCGGGCGCGACGCGGGCGGAGAAUACAAAUGUGCACUGGCCGACAACGAGAAAAUGGAGGCCUCCCAGAGCAUCGUGGUCAGCUACCUGGACCUGUCUCUGAGUCCAACCGGGAGGGUGGUGAAGACAGUAGGGGACACCUUGUCUGUGAAGAUGGAAAAGAGCUCCUCGGGCGAAGCUACCGUGUCAUGGAGAAAGGAUGGGAAAACUGUGAAGGAGCCCGUCUUCACCAAGCUGACGUACUUGGAUGCUGGAGUCUACAAAUGUGAAGUGACCACUGAAGCCGUCACCAGACAUCAGAGCUUUGAGCUGGUGGUUGAGGGUAAACCUGUGAUCACCGGUCUCACCAAACAGCGCUCCUCAGAUGGAAACCACAAAGUCCUGACCUGUGAAGCCGAGGGAGUACCAGAGCCCAUCUUCCAAUGGAGCGUCAAUGGCUCUAACCAGGAGUGGAGUGAAUAUACCAAAGGCAAGGCUACCCAUAAAAUUACCGUAAUACCCAAGGUGAACCUUACCGUCACCUGCAUCGUCAGCAACAAGCUAGGAGAAGAUGCCAUGACUAUCAACGUCUCCUCUGUUUUUAAUGAAGAUACAGAAAAAAAAGAUUCUCAGGAGGAGUCCGAUGACCAGGCCAAGCUCAUAGUGGGCGUGGUUGUGGGUUUGAUUCUCGCCGCUGCAGUGGUGGCUCUGAUCUACUGGCUCUACAUGAAGAACUCAAGACAAGGAAGCUGGAAGACGAACGAGAAGGAAGUGGGGACAUCCGAGGAGAGCAAGAAGCUAGAGGAGAACAAUCACACUGUUUAAAAGGCCGCCUUGGCUCGACUAACUGGAAUAAAAGAGAAGCGAUUGAAGGCGGCCUUGCAUCACUCCUCCUCCUCUUCCUCCUCCACCACCUCCUCCUCCUCUCCGGAAGACUCCCAAUCGGCUGCUUUGAUUCACUCCAGGCAACAACAUAAGCAGCUACACCCCGAGAACUCUGCUCCACCUCCCCUCCUCCUCCCCACUCCCCACUCUCUCCCGUGCCCAUCUUCCUCUCCUCCUCUCUUCUCUGUUUUCCCUCUCUCCCCUGUCUGCACCUCCUCCCCUCUAUUUCUCCUCCUCCCUGCUCUCUUCCCCUCGUUCUCUCCUCCUCCUCCUCUCUUUCCUUCUCUCCUCUCCCUGCCCCAUGCCCACCCACCCAAUCUGCACUGAGGCUGCCGUGUUACUGUGUCAUUUUGUCAUUUUCUUUCCCAAAUUCUGUGUUCCUGGUGAAUGCUCCUUGUUCUUUCUCUUCGAGCGAUUUUCUGUGUGUAAGGCUGUGCGGCGCCAUUAUUUUCACAAUUUCUUUCAAUUUUUAUUUUUUUUUUAAAGAUUCUGUUUGUGGAUUUCUUCAAAGAAUGUAAAUUCCUGUACACUUUUUAAAGGCCUGUAUAAGAAAUCUACAAUUAUGCGUGUGCCCUGGCUGAGCAUGCCAAGUUUUAUUUUUUUAAGUUUUACUUUUCUGUGCGCUGUGUGGAUAAGAAGGCCUUAGUUUGAGAAAAAUAACUUCACUGCUGUAAACCGGACCUGUUGACAUUUAAAACUAAAAACAUUUCAGGCUUUAUUUAGUGAACUAUACUGAAUCUUCUGCUCAUGUUUUAUUUCUUACACUUGUAUAUGGCUUGUCACCAUGGUGAAUAAAAACAUAAUAAUAAUAAUUUUUUUGACACAUAGAACACACUAUGCGUACACGGGUUGCUAUGCCGGUAUGUUUGAACUUAAGAAAAUAAUUGUAAGAUGAUUUCAUUUUGUUACACACUACGUAAUUUCAUCUGAAGCCACUCUAGGUCAUCCUCUUAAGUUUUGUUGUUUUAUUUUGAAAGCUUUACUGAUGCCAUGUUUGAUUUGAUUGUUUUGUCUUUAAUUUUUGAUGUAUUUAUAAUGUGGAUGGCUGUGCUGCACCAUGUUUAAUAAUUCUUUUUUUUUUUUUGCAUCAAGUGUUGCGUAGGUACUGUACUGAUCCACUAAAGACAGUAUCUGUAGUGUCCAGGCUCAAACUCUGCUGUAUUAAAUGAUUAUUGUUAUUAGUAGGUCUUGUUGGUUUUGAUUGGACAUAAGGAAAAGAAAUGACUCCGUUUCCCACAAUGCAACGCUACAGACAGAUGAGUGACAGAGGACAGUUCGCGCAUUACACAUUAAAGCUGCAAUAUGUAAUUACACUUGUUUUUACACGGAUCUGGUCUAAAAAAAAUCUACAUUUUAAUUUCCAACCAGACAAAUAUGUUUAAACCAACUUAGGGAAAUGUUAAAUAAUCUCCAUGGAGACGAGUAGGUGGUCUGACCUCAACAAGAAAAGUUACACCGUGCAUCUUUAAAGGGAUAGUUAAUAUUUGUUAUUACUGAAAUGUUUAGUUUACUUAAAGGAUUCCAACCAGUAUUUACAAUUAAAUAAAUAAAUAUUGAGCCAUCUCCUUUAAAGCUGCACUAUGUAACAUUUCUGGUGUAGCUAUUCCUUGCCUGGAAUAUCCCACAGUAUCGCAUUAAACUUGCGUAUCUUGCAUUUAUAACACAUAUUUUGAAUGCUCGUAAUUACACUGAAAAAGUCGCAUUCUUACUGUGAAUCGUCUCCAUAUAUAUUUACCAGUGGCUUGUCUUUGCUUGUCUUUAGUUUAAUGCUGUACGGCGGGACAUUCCAGACCAAGCAAUAGCAUCUCCAUGGAAACAAGCAGACAAGCAGACCGACUCUCCACACUGCGGCUUUAAGAAAUUGUGCAGAUAUUUAUGUCUGAGCGUUACAGUGUCAGACUAUAGAAGCUAUUUUGGAAGUUGAAUUGUAUGUGCACGUAAUAUAACACGGCACACCACUUGUCACGGACUUGAAAAGCUGUUAAAAUACUUAACAAGAAGGAGCACGCGCCAUGUACAAUUCCAACUCUCUGUCUCCUGCUAUGUCUCUUUUACACCCACUAAACCUGUCCUCAGAAGGACUGUACAUGAAAUGAAGCGUACCGUGAGUGCGGAGACAGAGGAGCGCGAGCACAACCGAGAGCUGUAGGUCAUUCUGCGUCAUUGUCCGUUGCGUCUUUUGUUCAUUUUUGCGAAUAAUCAGGUCAGCAGUGAAACCAAAGAGGGUAAGAUGAGAAGGCCAUAGUAGUGUUGUAAAUACAGACUUUUGUUUUUGUACUGUUGUUGACAAUAAAGUGUACAUUUUGAAAA